AUGGAACAGAGCGAAAAAGAAUGGGUUAAUAUCGCAGGCCCAACUCCCAACCCUAAUUAUUUGGUACAAAAACCGCCUUCUCAUGGGCUAUUACACUUUGUUUGGGAAGCUUUUAAGGAUUUCACAAUACUUAUUCUUAUGUUUUGUGCUGCUCAUUCUCUUGGGUUUGGGAUCAAGGAGAAAGGCCUUAAACAAGGAUGGUAUGAUGGAGGUAGCAUUUUUCUUGCUGUUUUUCUUGUCAUUAGUGUUUCAUCUUUUAGUAACUUUAGACAAAGUAAGCAGUUUGAGAAGUUAUCUAAAAAAAGCAAUAACAUCGAAGUAGAUGUUAUAAGAAGUGGGUGAAGGCAACAAAUUUCGAUUUUUGAGAUCGUUGUUGAUGUUGUGUGCUUGAAAAUUGGAGAUCAGAUACCUGCUGAUGGCUUGUUUAUCGACGGUCAUUCGUUACAAAUUGACGAGUCUAGCAUGACCGGAGAAACCGAGUACAUCAACAUUUCGAGUACAACACCCAUUCUUGACUCAGGUACAAAAGUUGCUGACGGGUAUGGCAAGAUGGUUGUUACAUCAGGCUAGAUGAACACAACAUGGGGUAAAAUGAUGAGCUCUGUCAGCCGCAACACAAAUGAGGAAACACCAUUACAAUCUCGGCUAAACAAGCUAACUUCUGACAUAGGUAAGCUUGGUUUGGCCAUCGCUUUCUUUGCUUUGUUGGUUCGGUACUUCACUGGGCAUACGAAAGAUGAUAAUGGUACAAGAGAAUUUAACGGAAGCAGAACAAGUGUAAAUGAUGUACUAAACUCUGUCGUCAAAAUUGUUGUUGCUGCUGUUACUAUAGUUGUGGUUGCAAUUCCAGAGGGAUUGCCAUUGACUGGCACUCUCACACUCGUAAGAAUGGUGGAUGAUCAAGCUAUGGUUCGUAAACUGUCUGAGUUUUCAGGCAGCCCAACAGAGAAGGCUCUUCUCUCUUGGGCAGUAUUGGAGCUCAAUAUGGAUAUGCAAAAGUUGAGUCAGGAUUAUGCAAUCCUUCAUGUGGAAGCGUUCAAUUCACAGAAGAAAAGAAGUGGCGUAUUGAUAAAGAAAAAGGAAGAUCAUAAAGGUUAUGUACACUGGAAAGGUGCAGAAAAUUGCUCAAGUUACUAUGAUGUAUCAGGAAAUUUGCUUCCAAUCGAUAGAGAUGCAAAGAAGACAUUCGAGCAAAUAAUUCAAAGCAUGGCAGCAAGCAGCCUAAGAUGUAUUGCGUUUGCGUACAAACAAGUAUUCCUAGAAGAGGGUGAAGAAAUAGUCAAUGAAAAACUCACUGAUGAUGGUGUUGCUUUGCUCGCAAUUGUGGGUCUCAAAGAUCCAUGCCGGCUUGGGGUAAAGAAAGCUAUUCAAGAUUGCCAAAAUGCUGGAGUUAACAUCAAGAUGAUCACAGGGGACAAUCUUUUCACAGCACAAGCCAUAGCCGUUGAAUGUGGGAUCCCUCAACCAGGUGACAACAUCAAUGAUGUUGUUGAAGGUCAUGUAUUUCGGAAUUACACUGAGGAAGAAAGGAUGGAAAAAAUAGAUAAAUUACGUGUCAUGGCUAGAUCUUCUCCUUUCGAUAAGCUCCUCGUGGUACAAUGUCUCAAACAAAAAGGUCAUGUUGUUGCAGUAACCGGUGAUGGCACAAGCGAUGCACCAGCACUCAAAGAAGCAGAUAUAGGGCUUUCUAUGGGAAUACAAGGGACUGAAGUCACUAAAGAGAGCUCAGAUAUUGUCAUCCUAGAUGAUAAUUUCGCUUCAGUGGAAACCAUUUUAAAUUGGGGUAGAUUUGUCUAUAACAACAACCAAAAAUUCAUCCAGUUUCAGCUAACAGUAAAUGUUGCAGCUCUCACAAUCAACUUUGUCGCAGCAGUUUCAGCAGGUGAGGUGCCAUUAACAGCAGUUCAACUCUUAUGGGUUAACUUGAUCAUGGACACCUUAGGCGCCCUGGCUCUUGCAACAGAGAAACCCACAAAAGAAUUAAUGAAAAACAAGCCUGUUGGAAGAACCGAGCCACUUAUUACCAAUAUCAUGUGGAGGAACUUGAUGGCUCAAGCCCUAUACCAGAUAGCCGUCCUUGUAACUUUACAGUUCAAGUGAGAAGCGAUAUUUGGUGUAGAAAGCAAAGUGAAAGAUAUGUUAUUAUUCAACACCUUUGUAUUGUGUCAGGUAUUCAAUGAAUUCAACGCAAGGAAGCUCGAAAAGAAGAACAUUUUCGAGGGGAUAUAUAAGAACAAGCUAUUCCUAGCCAUCAUUGGGAUAACCAUUAUUCUCAAGAAAUUUGCCAAUACAGAGAGUUUAAACUGGGGACAAUGGGGCGCUUGUGUCAGCAUUGCAGUUGUAUCUUGGCCUCUAGGGUGGCUUGUCAAGCUCAUACCUGUUGCUGCAAAACCAUUUUUCAGCUACAAAGGGAAGUACAUAUGCUUCUGGAAGAAGCACUAG